GAUCGAGGGGGAGGCUCCAGAGAGGCGGAAGGGGGCGGAUUUGCUCCUCCUCUGCCGCUUUUGGCGCCUCCCUCUCGGCUGCUUCUGGCGUUUCGUCCCGCUGAGCGGCCCCUCGUGCAGGAACGACCCAAAACAGAGUAAUAAAGAUUUUGGUCUUUGGAUACUGAAACCGUGGAUACGGAUAAGAUUUUUCUGCCUUUCCCCCCCAAGUUGCUGCCAAGAUGACCACUUUGACCCGGCAAGACCUCAACUUUGGCCAAGUCGUGGCCGAUGUGCUUUCGGAGUUCCUGGAGGUGGCCAUCCACCUCAUCCUUUACGUCCGGGAGGUUUACCCAACGGGGAUCUUCCAGAAAAGGAAGAAAUACAACGUACCUGUGCAGAUGUCUUGCCAUCCGGAACUGAACCAGUACAUUCAAGACACGCUCCACUGCGUCAAGCCCUUGCUGGAAAAGAACGAUGUGGAGAAAGUGGUGGUGGUCAUCCUGGACAAGGAGCAUCAUCCGGUGGAGAGGUUCGUCUUUGAGAUCACGCAGCCGCCUUUGCUGUCCAUCAGUUCGGACUCCCUUCUCAACCACGUGGAGCAGCUCCUCCGGGCCUUCGUCCUGAAAAUCAGCCUCUGCGACGCCGUCCUUGACAACAACCCUCCGGGUUGCACUUUCACCGUCCUCGUCCACACCAGGGAAGCCGCGACCCGCAACAUGGAGAAGAUCCAAGUCAUCAAGGAUUUCCCUUGGAUCCUGGCCGACGAGCAGGACGUCCAUAUGCAUGACCCACGCCUGAUCCCGCUGAAGACCAUGACGUCGGACCUUCUAAAGGUGAGCCGACCUUACUACAACUUUACUACAACUUUACUACGAACCAGAUCUUACUACAUCCCUUGCUUUGGAGCUUAUUUCUGGAUUAUUUCCUCCCAACAGAUGCAGCUGUAUGUCGAAGAGCGGGCUCAGAAAGGGACCUGAUCAAGCCUUCGUAAAUAUCGCAGAGUGCAUUUAAGAGGAACCAGUGAGGAUGUCAUUCAAACCCUGUUGUUUUUCUCUAUGGGGUUCUUGGUCUUAAAUCCUAUUUAUAUGUGACUUUGUUUACAUCGGUGGGGUUUCCCCCGGAUAUUAAAUAAUCCUCUGAUGCUUUCCGCUCCUUC